GAGGCUCCAGAGACCGCUUCGGACACUGGGGAGGAAGCUGAGUGCCCUUGCUGGCUCGCCAUGCCGCAAGCCCCUGGCCUCUGCCUGCUGGCUGCUGCGCUGAGCCUGGGCCUGCGCCCUGCCACGGGGGGCAUGGACUCCUGCUACGAUGCGCAGGGGCGAGCCCGGCGCUGCAUGCCCGUCUUCGAGAACGCGGCGUUCGGCCGGGAGGUGCAGGUGACCAACACGUGCGGGUCCCCGCCAGAGGACUACUGCCUGCAGAUGGGCGACGGGCGCUCCACCCAGCUGUGCCGCCGCUGUGACAUGGGCGACCCCCUGCGCCACCAUAAUGCCACCUACCUGACCGACUUCCACAGCCAGGAAGAGAGCACCUGGUGGCAGAGCCAGUCCAUGGCCUUUGGGGUCCAGCACCCCAACUCUGUCAACAUCACCCUCUGCCUGGGGAAGUCGUACGAAAUCACCUACGUGCGGCUGAAGUUCCACACCAGCCGGCCGGAGAGCUUUGCCAUUUACAAGCGCAGCCGCGCCGGCGGGCCCUGGGUACCGUACCAAUACUACAGUGCUUCCUGCAGGAAGACGUACGGGAAACGGGAGAGGCAGUACCUGCGGCCCGGUGAGGACGAGCAUGUGGCCUUCUGCACUGAGGAGUUUAGCGACAUCUCCCCGCUGAGUGGAGGGAACGUGGCCUUCUCUACCUUGGAAGGCCGGCCCAGCGCCUACAGCUUUGACCAGAGCCUCGUUCUGCAGGACUGGGUGACUGUCACCGACCUGCUCAUCUCCUUGAACCGGCUCAACACAUUUGGGGAUGACAUCUUCAAGGACCCCAAGGUGCUGCAGUCCUACUACUAUGCCAUCACAGACUUCUCCGUAGGCGGCAGGUGCAAGUGCAAUGGCCAUGCCAGCGAGUGUGCCCCGAACGAGGCUGGGCAGCUGGCUUGCCUCUGCCAGCACAACACUACCGGCAUGGACUGUGAGCAGUGCCAGGCCUUCUACCAGGACCGGCCGUGGGCGCGCGGCACGGCGGAGUCUGCUAACGAAUGCCUCCCGUGCAACUGCAGCGGACACUCAGACCAAUGCUUCUAUGACCGGGAGCUGUACCGCAGCACUGGGCACGGCGGGCACUGCCGCCACUGCCGGGACAACACAGACGGGCCGCACUGCGAGCGCUGUCGGCCGAAUUUCUACCGCUGGGAUGGGUGGGCAGCCUGCCAGCCCUGCAGCUGCAACGUGGCAGGGUCCCUGCAGCUCCAGUGUGACAGCUCCGGAGCCUGCCCCUGCAAGGCCACCGUGACCGGCUGGAAGUGCGAGCGCUGCCAGGACGGUUUUCACUCCCUCAGUGAAGGGGGCUGCAGGCCCUGCGACUGUGAUCCCGCCGGCAGCGUGGGGAUGUGCGACUCCAACUCAGGGCGCUGCACCUGCAAGGAGAAGGUGGAAGGGCACCUGUGCAACAUAUGCCAGCCUGGCUCAUUUAACCUGCAGCCCCACAACCCCGCCGGCUGCACCAGCUGCUUCUGUUACGGCCACUCAAACGUGUGUACAGCGGCCGCCGGGUACGAGGUGCAUCGCAUCCACUCCGACUUCAGCCAAGGGCCUGAGGGCUGGAAAGCUGAGGCACCAGGUGGCAAGGAGACUCCUCUGCAUUGGGCCAAGGGGAAGAUCUACCUCGAGCAGGAGCCAGCGGAUUUCAUCGCGCCGGAGAAGUUUCUUCACAACCAGCACCUCAGCUACGGGCAGCUCCUCUCACUGCACAUCCGAGUGGAGGGGAACGAAACUGGACCCUUGGCGUUUCCCAUCGGGCUGGUCUUGGAGGGAGACGGCAUCGUGGUGUCGUCGAGCUCCUCGGCACCGCCAGGCGGGGACAGCCAGUCCCUCGCUGCCGAGCAUGAGGCCAUUUUCAGGCUCCAUGAGGUGGAGAUGGAGCCCUCGCUGUCAUCCUUCGACUUCCAGCACCUGCUUUCCAACCUGACUGCCCUCCGGAUCCAGGCUGGUAGCAGCCAGGCACCAUGCAGGGUCUCCUUGCACGAGGUCCGGCUCACCUCUGCUCGGCCGGGGCUCUCCUCGCCCGCGUCCUGGGUGGAAGACUGCGUCUGCCCGCAGGGCUAUGUCGGGCAGUUCUGCGAUUCCUGCGCACCUGGUUUCAAGAGAGAGGCUCCCUUCGGUGGGCCCUUCUCCAGUUGCAUCCCCUGCACCUGUAACCAGCACGGCAGCUGUGACCCCAACACAGGGCACUGCCAAUGCAUGCACCACACCGAGGGUCCCUCCUGCGAGCGCUGUGCCCCCGGCUUCCAUGGCAACCCCUUCGUGGGGCACAUCGAUGACUGCAAGCCAUGCCCGUGCCCCGGCGGGUCGCCCUGCACAGAGAUCCCGGAGAGCGGCGAGGUGGUGUGCACCCACUGCCCAUCGGGGCAGAGAGGCAGGCGCUGUGAACUCUGUGACGAUGGGUUUUUCGGUGACCCUGUGGGACGGGACGGCCCCAUCCACCCUUGCAGCCCCUGCCAGUGCAACGGAAAUGUGGACCCCAACGCCGUGGGCAACUGUAACCCUGUCUCUGGCCGGUGCUUGAGGUGCCUGUACAACACGACAGGAGAGCACUGCGAGAGGUGCCAGGAAGGCUUCUAUGGGAGCCCGCUGGCUAGCAGCCCCACCGGGAAGUGUGCCUCUUGCAGAUGUGAUCCUGGCGGUUCAGCCCAGGAGCUGGAGACCUGUGAUCCCAUCACUGGCCAGUGCCCUUGCCUCCCGCACGUGACUGGGCGAGACUGCAGCCGCUGCCAGCACGGAUACUAUGACCUGCAGCCAGGGACUGGAUGCAAGAGCUGCAAGUGCAACCUGGUGGGUUCCCAGGACAGCCAGUGCCACCUGCUCACGGGGCAGUGCCCCUGCCACCCGGGUGUGGAGGGGAGGCCAUGUGACCGCUGCCAGCCUGGCUUCUUUGGUUUCUCCAUGAAGGGCUGCCGAGCCUGCCACUGCUCCCCGCUGGGCUCCGCCACCCCCCAGUGCCACGAGAACAGCACGUGCAUCUGCAAGCGGGGUUUCAUGGGCUACAAGUGUGACCAGUGCCAGGUGAACUACUACUACGACCAGGAGCAGGCCCAGUGCCAGGAGUGUCCUGUCUGCUACAGCCUGGUGCAAGACGAGGCUGACAAGCUGAGGACCAAGCUGCAGAAGAUGGAGGAGUGGCUGCAGAAACCAGACUGCAGCAGCCCCCAGCCCCGUUCCCCAAUGCUGGGAGAGGAGCCGCGUGGAGACAGCCUCCCUAGUCGCUACCUGCUGCAAGGUGCCAAGGCGAUGUUCCUGGAGCAGGUGGCCCAGCUGGAGGGCUCGGUGAGCGCCGCGUGGGGUCGGCUGAGGAACGCCAGCGGGGCCGUGGGCUGUGCCAGCAGCGGGAGUGACAAAACCUGCAUCUUGCUGUCAGAGAUCAGCGCCGUGCUGCAGUCCGCGCAGCAGGAGAUCCAGCAGGCUGCCGACACGCUAGCGACAAUGGUUUUCCCUCAAGAGAUUUCAAAGGAGCCCACAAGCUGGGGCCGCCUGGCGCUGGAGUCCCGGGCGCUAGCGGAGAGCCACAGGGUGACAGCAGCACAGGUGGAGUCUGUAGCUAGGAGAGCGCUGCUGGCUUCCAAUGCCAGCUAUAUCCUGCUGCAGAGCAUCCUGGAGGACAGCUCAACCCUGGAGGCCAGGAGUGAACUGGAGGACAGGUACCAGGAAAUCCAGCAGGCCCAGGAAGAACUGGCUGCCAGUGCGCUGGAGGCAGUGACCGAAGCCAAGAAGGCCUUUACAUCCGUCCGUCAAGCCAAUGCAGACAUGGCCAAGAACCUGUCAUGGUGGAAAGCCCCAGAGCUGCCCCCCCUGACGCUACAAGCUGGAGCCCUCAAACGGGAGCUGGAGGAGCUGGAGCAGACGGUGGAGGAGAAGGGGCAUCUGGCUGUUGAAGCAUCCCAUGCUCUGGCAGCUGCCUCGCGCCUGGAGCUGCAGAAGGCUCUGCCGUUUGAGCAGCUGCGAGAGCAGGCAGAUGCAGCUCUGACCCUGGCAGUCUCUUCCAUGUCGCAUGGGAAGAACGUGGUUUCAGAAGCCAAAACCCUGCUGUCCAACCUGGAAGGGGCAAAGAAAGCGCUGGUGCGUCAGAGGAGCCAGGCCACCCUGAGUAGGAAGAUGGCGAUGGUCCGGGACAGAGCCAUCACCGAUGCCCAGAGGAAAAUCAAACAGGCAGAGAGGAUGCUAGGAAAUGGUCCAUCUGUUUCCGCCACGGCCAAGAAGACAGUCAUAGAAGUGGAGAGAGUCACAAGGGAGAGCACCAAGAGAGCACAGGCAUUGCUGAGGGAGGGGAAGCAGGAGCACAGGCAUAGCCGUGAGCUUGCCAAGCGCGUAAACCGGACCCUGCUGGAACUCUCCAGGCAGGAGCGGGCAUCUGAGAAGCUCUGGGGUGAGCUGGAGCAGGCCGGACAGGUGCAGCCGGAUGUCAGCGAUGCAGACAAGAGUCUCCGAGAAGCCCAGCGCUUGCUGGAGACGGACAUUCAGACCCUGAACAACCUGCUCAGCAGCCUGGAUGCCGCAGCCCCCAUGGAGGCCAUGCUCAAUGCCAGCCGCCUGCAGCUGGCCCAUCUCCGGCUGCGCCUUGCCGAGCCCAGCUCCCUAGCAAAGAAGCUGAGCUACCUGCAGCGGGAGGCAGAGCAGCAGCAGCAGCAGAUCGAGGCUUUCGAGAGCGACCUGGAGGAAGUCCUCGCCGACAAGCAGAACUUGGAGGCCAUCCUGCAGAGCUUGCCUGAGGGCUGCUCCAGCUGGCAGUGAGCAGAGAGCAGGCCCUGGCCCCGUGCAUGCCCCCACCCUCACCAGGAACGUCAGAGCCAAGAGCAUCCCGCUGGUGCUCCCAGGGGCACCUUGCACUUCUCCUGUGCUCCUUGUCCCAGCUUCCCAUCCAAUAACGUGUCACGGUCAAGGUGCCUGGUCCUUCCUUUCGAGGAGCUCGCUGGAACGACAAGCGCAGCCCCACGCUUCUCCCCAUGCCCCCUGGAACUGCGACUUGCAAAGCUGAAGCUUCUUUAUGCAGGACAUGGAGUGUGUGGGGAGCAGAGGACCAUCAUGCACCUCCCAGCCAGGUGCGCUGCUUUACCUGCCUUCCCCCAGCAAGCGUGGAACCCGGCGCAUGGAGAGGAUUGGAUACACCCAAAAUUGGGGAUAAAAAAUGGUGCCCUCCCAGUUUCUCCUGCACACGAGGCCUUCCCAUAUGUGUCAGAAGCUGGUCACUAUGGGUAGUGUCCUGCACUGGCUUUGGGCAUGGGGAUAUGAGCUGCUCUCAGCAGGGCUUCUUCAAAGGGAAGUCUGCAACCUGUCUGCUCCGGGAAAGGGAAGGUUAAUGGGCACUGGGGUGGGGGCAGAACAGGAGUCUUCCCUGGGCCUGGAGCAGCUGCGGGUGGCUAAAGUUGCUGGUUCUCCCCUCACCAUGUUCUGCCUUCUCCAAACCAGAGUGAGGCCAAUUGCAGAGAAGGCCCCUUUUGUGAUCUCCCUUGGGUUGGUUUUGCAUUGGCAUCACUCCUGAGUCCCGUUGCUGCCAGGAGGAGCAGCAUCGAGCCCUCAGAGGUGCUUAGCUUUUAAGUUCAUUCGAAUCGGCACUGGUGCCCUUCCCAGUGGGAAGCCAUGGACUCGUGUAAACCUACAAGUCCAACUGCUGGAGCGGGCUGUGGGGCCCUGUCUGGCAGUGAUGUACUUGGCCUGUUCCCUUCCCUGUCGGCCCUAGGAGAACACCUGGGCAUCUCCAAUCCAUGCACAAGCUCUCCUUUGUUGAUCUAAAUGUCAAGCUAUUGCCACGUGCCCGGCACAGAAGACGAUGUCAUUCUUGCUCCUUCCCUGCCUCUCUGCAGACCUGUUGUCUCAGCCGAUGCCACAUGUAGCUGUAUCCAUUUUAAAAAUCUUAAUAUAACACAUAGAUCACAAU